AUGAAGUCGGCGUUCGUGACGGUCGGCACCACGCGCUUUGAUGAAUUGGUGAAUCGGGUUGUUGAUGAGCAAGUUCUGGCCACUUUCAAGAAACUCGACAUCGGCAAGAUCGUCAUGCAAAUCGGGCGCAGCGAAUGGGACCCGGUCGCCCAAGCCCAUUUUGGCCAUUGCAAAGACGAGCCCGUCGUUCUGGAACUCCAUGGCGUCGAGGUGUCCGUCUUCCGAUUUCGCCGGGAUAUUCAAGAAUGUAUUAAGGCCUCCGACGUGGUGAUCGGACAUGCCGGAGCGGGGACGGCGCUCGAGGUGCUGCGCGCCGGCAAGCCGCUGAUCGCCGUCGUCAACGGGAAGCUCAUGGACAAUCAUCAAAACGAGUUGGCGGAGAAGCUGGCCGAGCUGGGGCACAUUCUCUACUGUACACCCGACCAACUGCCGGCCACCCUCAUCAACCCGAAGCUCUUCUCCCUGGCCGCCUACAAUUCGCCGCCGUUCGCCCACAUUGCCAAAUAUCUCGAUCGUCGCCUUAAUGUUGUGUCA